AGUCUGGCAGCCCUAUAGCGAAAAAUAGAGACAAAGAAGACGGGGCAAUUAUAAUUCGAGCGUAAAAAGGUUUCCGAGUGUUGUACAACUUGACUAUUAUUGAAAAUAUCAGUUCAAGAAUUCAAGUUAUUUGCUACCAAACAGCCAAAUAAAUGAUAGUACGCGAGGAGUGUAGGAAACAAGGACAAAUUCCGAGGUCGCGAAACCGAAGAGAAGCCAUUUUGCGAGGCAACAUACACGCCAGAACCAAAACCAAAACCCGAAUUCCCGGCGCCCAAGGUUUAACAAUAACAACCACCCGAAAAUGGGCAGCAACUCCAAGGCGGAUCCCAUCUCGCUGACCUUCCACGACUCCUGUCUGCGGAUGUCCGACGUCCAGCUGCUCCACGGGCCCCAUUGGCUAAACGACCAGAUCCUAAGUUUCUACUACGAGUACCUGUCGCAUAUGAAGUACAAGACGAACGCGGACCUGCACUUCAUCGCUCCGGAGGUGACGCAGUGCAUGAAAUAUAUGGACGACCAGGAACUGGAUCAGCUCCUACGCCAGAGCAACACGAUUGGCAAACCCUUCAUCUUCUUCGCCCUGAACGAUAACGAAAGCACCGAGGCUGGAGGCACCCACUGGUCAUUGCUGGUCUUUUCGCGCCCGGAGAAGACGUUCUAUCACUUUGAUUCGUAUGGAAACAACAAUACCAGCAACUCCGUCGAGCUGAUGAACAAGGUUAAGGAGCUAUUAGGCGCCCGCCUGGCCAAAUUUCGGCCAAUGCGGUGCCUCCAGCAAGCCAAUGGCUACGACUGCGGCAUCCACGUCAUCUGCAUGACCGAUCACAUUGCCGACUACCUGAACAGGUACGAGACGAUCGACGGACUGCCCUCCUUGCACAUCGACACCGUGAAGGCCAAGCGCACCGAGCUGCUCAAGCUCAUCCUCUCGCUGGGCGGCAAGGGUUAGAGGCUUCCUGCACGUAUUAUUUUUAAGUGACGAAAUUAAGAUUGUUACUCUUUGGCAAAGAGGGAGAGUUGUUGCCACCGGAACCAUGUAAAUACGAUAUCCUUGAUAUUGCUAAUUUUAAUUUGUUUAGUUUCCCUUGCCGAACACCGAGUGUUUAUUUAAAAAACAGUGCCAGACACUAAAAAAAACAAUGCACAUAUGCACGAAAUGGAGGUAGUGCGUCGGCAAUUCUUUAAGUAUGAUCUUUUAAAUAAAGAUUUGUUUACCCGCAAAACGCGUU